CCUGAAAGACAGAAAAAAACUUUUUUGUGACUGCAUUUUGCUCUUGGGUGCCAACAACUUAAGUCAACUUUAGUCACAGCUCAAGAGUGUGACCUUAAUAAGGUAUCAUCAUGACUAGAAAAUACAUCUUCAUCAUCUUGCUGUUCGCAACGUUUUCCUACGGUGAGGGCCAGGACAUCUCCACAUCUCAUUUUAACUUCUCGUACGGCUCAGAUGAAUUCCUUGCCAUUUACCAAGAACAAAAGUUGCCUUUGACCAUCACCGUCACCGAUAUGGAUCCAGCCAUAACAACAGGGUUUCUGCAACUGCGAAGGGCAGAUCCUGAGAUCUUUGACGUCCAAGGGGUUACGAACGUCAGCAUCGCAUCUCUCGGAAAUGCACCAGUCAAUGUCUCGACAUCCAUCAAGGGACUGUUCUUUGGGAUCAGUACGCUACAGAUCUACUACACAGGUGAUGCAGAGGAUGAAUUGGUAGGUUCUUAUGUCGUCAAGGUGUCAACGAUCCCGACCAUUCUGACACCCGUCUUCAGCUAUCUGACUCUCAUAUGGCUAAUCAUCUCCUACAUCAUGAUGGGCAGCAAGAUCAAGGUGGGUGACAUCUGGAGCAUCUUGAAGAAGCCUUGGGUUCUUCUCCUGGCUAUGGUCUGCCAGUUCUUUGUCAUGCCGGCCCUGGCUUUCGGGUUGUCCAAGGCUUUCAGUCUGGACAAUACUGCAGCCUUAGGUUUGAUCAUGGUAGGAUCCUGUCCCGGUGGGUGGCUCAGCAACAUCUUCAGUCUUCUCCUCGACUGUGACUUCAUCCUGAGUCUUAUCAUGACUCUCAGUUCCACCAUCGUAGCCAUGGGCAUGAUGCCUUUCAAUCUUUGGCUUUAUGCUCGUACGUUCACUACUGGAGAAGAGAACCUCGAGACACCAUACUUUGAUCUUUUCCUUCAAAUCCUGUACCUGGUCAUUCCCGUCGGUCUGAGCAUGAUCAUUGCUCGAUUCUCAUCCAAAUUCACGAAAUACUGUGAGAAGUGCCUCAAGCCAGUCGCAUCCAUGUGCAUCAUUGUUGCAAUCAGUGUCGGGACCCCCGCUCAGGUUCACCUCUACAAGAGUGCAAGCAUCGAGGAGUACGCAGUCUCGGCAUUGCUCCCUCUCUUCGGCUGCAUCGCCGGUUUGAUCAUAUCCAAGAUCCUCUGCAUCAAGCGGAAGCAGGCCGUGACGGUUUCUUUAGAAACCGGUUCUCAAAACAGCCUUCUGGCGUUCACCAUGCUGUCGCUUUUCUACCCAAGACCUGAAGCAGAUCUUAUAGGCAGAGUACCGUACAUCAUUGCUCUUCUUAGCCUCUGUGAGGGUAUCGUUGUCUUUAUCAUCUACGUCCUUACCCGGUAUGUUUUCUGCAAGGAACGGUUCGCUAAAAAGGACAAUGAGAGUGAAGAGAUGUCUUCAAUUGAAAAGAAAUUUCCCGAGCCGGCGAAGAACGGUAAUGACGUUCCAUCAGACAAGUCAGAGGCUAUUGAUCCUUCUUCAAUUGUGGUUGGGUUGGAUACCAACACUGAAGACCAGGGCCACGUCAAUAAAGCUUUUAAUCAGUAAUUACUUUGGUGUUGUUCGUGGAGGUAUUAUUCCUUUCAACAGAAAUUACAAAGCUUACAAGCCCGAGGCAGAUCCCCUAUGAGAGCUAUAAGAAUGUUUUAUGUAAUAGAAAUUUUUAGUUAAAAUUUUCUGAACAAAAAAAGCCCUUUAGAAAAUCCUGGAUCCGUCCCUGAUACAAGCAUAAUUAAAACUUCUGUCGAGUGAACUCCCCUGUUGAACCAUUAGUCACCCUGAUGCCAUCUGGAUCAUCCCAAUUUCAAACCAAUCUCUAAAACAUGAAAAAUAUACUUCAAAAUGGGGAAAGUUGUCUCAAUGAUUUUUCCUUCGAAUUAAAAAAAAAUGAUGCACGUGAUAAUUUUAUCAAGCCCAAAAUUUAAACAAAUGUUAUUUAGGGGAAAAUACAAACAUUUUAAUGUUGUAUUUUCUAUAUAAUGUGACCUACUACCGCCCUAUUCCGGAGCCCCCCCCCCCCACACUGUCCUGGAGUAAAAAAAAGUUGCAAAAUAUAGGAACCCCCCCUCCACUGGUGUCAAGAAAGGAGAGAUGAGGUUCGAUUGUUUUUUUUUUUUUUGGAAGAAAAGUGGGCAUUUGUGGGCCUUCUUAUCUAUUGGUCAGUCCUUGGGUAGGCAGUUGUCUUAAAGAAUAUUCGCCUCUGAAAAUAAUCUGCACGGAACAAAGGUAAUAAAUGUGGAAAUGUAAAGAUGAGCUCAGUUUGAUUUAUUCUAUCUUAAGCCAAAGUGGGAACAUCCACCGCUCCAUGAAGUUUGUGCAUUAAGGGUAUAAGGUUCUAGGCCGUACGCAUUGGCGGCGGAAGCCAAACAAUUUAGGGGAGGUCCACCUGAAAUUUUGGGAUGGGCACAGG